AUGUUGGUUAGGGGGGGAAAGCACGGCUUUUUGUGCAAUGUCACUGUUGCACGGCUCCAGCGCCGCAUCGUAAAGGGUGCAACACCAGCCUGCGUGUGGGACAAGGUGUGCAACGAAGAGGACCUUCAACGGUUGGCCAUUGGCCUGUGGCGGCGACCCUGCAUUUAUGAGAUCAAGGAAAACCCAGUGUCUGCACCGGGACCCGCCAUCGGCUUAAUUUCCGCAAAUUUCGGCACGAAAUCUCGGUAG